AUGAGUUCUUCAUUUAUUAAAUCAACGUGGCAACAAAGGUACCACGCGUUAUUUGGUCAGUUAUUCUUGUUUAUUUUUAAAUGCUUUCUCAUUCUUUUUGUCAUUUUUUGCAUGAAACAUGAAACAUCUUCAUUAACAGGACAACCCAUCCUGCACAGGAGUCUAGUAUGUAAUGGAGUCGGCAGGGAGGGGAAUAGACAAACAAAUUGUGGUUUUAGUUUUAAUGAGGUUUCAACAUCUUUGACUGACAAAGGAGAGAGGAUUGCAUGUCGUGAUAAUUAUCUCAAGUUGAAAGAAAUUCAGUUGUUUAUUCAGUGGUUGAAAAUGCCAGCUAGUGUAGUCCACACAAUAAAUCGCGUGGAGUUAACUUUGGUAAUUAAAAAGGGGCGGAUAUACAGAAUAAGUGGUCUGAAAAGUAAAUCAGCAAGAUCGGGUUAUUUAACAAAUGAAAGUUGUGGCAACAUGAACGCUGAUGAUUCCUGGGGUUUAGGAAAACACGCAAUUUACCUGGUAAACCACGGAACAGCGACCACAAAAUUAAAUCCUUCAACAACGACAAAGUCAAUUAAAGAGGCGAAAGCACAAAAUUAA